AUAAUCUAAACUCCAAUGUUUCUAUGUUCCAGGCUUUUUGAACGUGGAUUGGCUUAUGUUGGAACAGAUUAUCUUUCUUUUCCAUUAUGGGAUAAAUACAUUGAAUAUGAGUACAUACAGCAAGAUUGGGCCCGUCUUGCCAUGAUUUACACUAGAAUAUUAGAGAAUCCAAAUCAACAAUUAGAUCGGUAUUUUAGCAGCUUCAAGGAGUUAGCUGGAAAUCGGCCUUUAUCAGAACUGCGUACUGCUGAUGAAGCAGCAGGAGGAGGCACAGUUCUAGAGGAUGGUGGUCAAGCCCAUGAGGGAGAGGUUCGUCCUGAAAGUGCUGAAGAUCCUCCUAAACCUGUAAGUGCUGGCUUAACAGAAGCGGAAGAGUUGGAGAAGUAUGUCGCCAUUAGAGAAGAGUUAUAUAAGAAAGCUAAAGAGUUCGAUUCUAAGAUCAUUGGUUUUGAAACAGCUAUCAGGAGGCCUUACUUUCAUGUACGCCCCCUCAAUGUUGCAGAGCUUGAGAAUUGGCAUAGUUAUCUUGAUUUCAUAGAAAGGGAAGGCGACUUCAGCAAGGUUGUAAAGUUGUAUGAAAGAUGUGUCAUUGCAUGUGCCAAUUAUCCAGAGUACUGGAUACGGUAUGCAUUAUGUAUGGAGGCCAGUGGAAGCAUGGAUCUUGCAAAUAAUGUACUUGCUCGCACACAGGUCUUUGUGAAGAGACAACCUGAGAUACAUCUUUUUUCUGCGCGUUUCAAGGAGCAGAAUGGGGAUUUAGCUGGUGCUCGAGCUGCCUAUCAGCUGGUGCAUACUGAAAUUUCUCCUGGUCUUCUUGAAGCAAUAAUUAGGCAUGCAAAUAUGGAAAAUAGACUGGGUAACUUGGAGGACGCCUACUCUUUGUAUGAACAGGCUAUUGCCAUUGAAAAAGGAAAAGAACAUUCACAGACAUUGCCAAUGUUGUUUGCUCAGUAUUCUCGGUUUGUAUAUCUGGUUUCCGGAAAUGCUGAAAAGGCCAGGGAGAUUCUAGUUGAGGGGCUUGAGCAUGUUCAGUCAUCAAGGCCAAUAUUUGAAGCUUUGUUACAUUUUGAGGCGAUCCAACCCCUACCAAAGAAAGUUGACAUUGACUUUCUAGAUUCACUGGUUGUAAAAUUCAUUAUUCCCAGCCCAGAGAAUCCAAAUACUGCAAGUGCAACUGAUAGGGAGGAACUUUCUAGCAUCUUUCUGGAGUUUCUUAAAUCUUUUUGGAGAUGUUCAAUCCAUGUUCAAUCCAUCAAGAGAGCAGAGGAUAGGCACGCCAAACUCUUCUUGCCUCACAGGAGUAUGUCAGAGUUGAGAAAGCGUCAUGCAGAGGAUUUUCUCACUUCAGAUAAAGCAAAAAUGGCGAGAUCUUACUCUGUUCCAUCACCUGCCCAAUCUUCAAUGGGUUCAUAUCCCAAUGCACAGGGCCAGUGGGCUUAUGGAGUGCAACCUCAAACUUGGCCACCAACCACACAAGCACAGGGACAACAAUGGGCUGCUGGUUACACCCAGCAGCAGGGUGCAUAUGGCGCUUACGCUGGAUAUGGGGGCAAUUAUGCUAGUUCACAGUUGCCUGCGUCAGUUCCACAAAGUACCGCAUACGCAGCCUACCCUCCUGCUUAUCCUGUACAGGUACCUAAACAAUCUUGGUGCUCAGCUUUGUUGAUUAUGUCUCUUGGUGUGUUACGGUAAUGGUCUUGGGAGCGA